GAUAUAAAUUGUUAAAUAAAAAUUGAUUAUUUUCUGGACCUGACUGGUUUAUAAUUUCAGAAGAAACAAUGGAAAGUCAAGAAUUUAUUGUCCUAUAUACUCAUCAAAAGAUGAAGAAGUCAAAAGUGUGGCAAGAUGGAGUUCUGAAGGUCACUCACUUAGGUAACAAGGCGAUUUUAUAUGACGACAAAGGAGCAUGUUUGGAAAGUCUUUUUCUUAAGAGCCUUGAGGUGAAACCGGGCGAUGACUUGGAAAGUGAGCGGUACUUAAUCACAGUUGAGGAGGCUAAGGCUGCUGGAAGCAGUGCUAUUAAACGGGACGGCUCUGGAGAAGCCCUGGACUCAGGUCCCAGGACACUUAUACACACCAGCCGCCGGCUUCCUGGCUGUCAGCCCUCUGGCUUGAAAAGGAAGGCAACUGGUUUUCAAACACCAUAUAAGGUGCCAAAGCAAGUGACUGUUACGGAAAACGGUGAAUCAGCUGCCUCAUCUGUUGAUUUGAAAGCUGGCCUGAGUUUUCCUCCCCCGUUCUCCAGCACACUUCCUUUGUUUUCUACUGUUGGUCAGAAAGAUAUAAAUCCUACACUGGCCGACAGUGAGAAUGCGGUCACCUUCCGGAGCAGAGAGAGAAGCGACAGGCCCUUUUCACUGGUGUCUUCAUUCUUCAGGGUUAGCGCAGGCACACAAAGUAAAGAGGACAAAUUUUCCUCUCCUGUCACUUCUGAAACCCAGCAUUCAGACUCUUUACUGGCCAGUGAGCCCACGAGAAGAAAUAAUCUGGAAUCUCACUGUCCUGGAGUUUCACAAAACAUCAGAAGCAAAGCACAAAUAUUAGCUCUUCUGAAGUCCAAGUCAACCAAUGUGAGUAAGGAUCUGACCUGUGAGAUUACAGGGUGUUCUCCUAAGAUACAAGCACAGGGUUGUUCGAAGAUCAAUUCUAAGCCAGAGGAAGAGAGAAGGAGCUCAGCACGUUUAUGCUCUCAGCUACGGGCAGAAAAUCCCACAAGAGCUACAAGCCGGUGGACCGUGUAUUUACCCUCGCAGAGGUCGCCGCCCUGUUCUCCUAGAGAUGAGAAUGAUACAGAGGACAAACCUGAAGCCAAAGAAGACAUUGAUUUAGCUGAACUUUCGGCAGAAAAAAAGACAAAGCUCUUUAAAACAUGUGAUGAAAAGGGAGAAUUCUACAGUGAGGACAACUCAGUAGACAGUAAUUGCCAGUCCUGGAAUUAUGAAGAAAACUUAGGGGCACCUUCAUUCUGUGAGAACAGCAACUUACUGGUUGGCGGUAGUAGUAAAGAAAAUGUCCAUUUAUUAUUAGAACCUGACAUUGAGGACAACAGCAAAGUACUUUCUAAUCAAAAUGGCAAGGUGUGUGUGGAAAGGACCCUUUGCACUGGAGAAAGUAUGCAGGUGGCAGGUGCAGAUGCAACGGUGGAACAGGAGUGUACAUCCUGUGCGUCAGGGUCGCAAUUGCCGGAAAUAGAGGGUAAUCAAAUUGAAUGUUGUCUAAGGAAGAACUAUAGGGUCUCUGAUGACAUUGUAGACAUGGGUUCUAAAGGGAAGGUUGAUAGAGAAAGUCUGGAUACUGUUCAUGACCCAUCACAACCAUUUUUGGAAGUUUCUUUUGAUCUGAGCAAUUUUGAGACCAGUGAUACUGAUGAGGCAUCACUAGAAGACAACAAACUUUCCCAGGAUUCAGAGAGUGGAGGAAAGGAAGUUUUGCUUACAGAUGAUUUGUGUGUUCAAAAGAGCUGUGGGGAUAUAGGCUACCUAGAAAUUGCACGGGAACCCUUGCCACUCCUGACCUCUGCUAGUGGCAGGCCUAAAGAGAUCCUUCCUGCUAAUGAGGCUCUGUUGUCAGAGUUUUGUGAUAGAACCUGUGUGGGUUUUUAUGCAGGAUGUCAUGAAGAUGCAGAUACUGGAAAAGCAGGACAGGAACAGUGUGGUGACACAGGGAGCAGUUUAGAUUCAUCGCAGGAGUGGAGUGAGGAUGUGCCAGUGGAUAGCAAAGAAGAUGGUAAUAAAUCUAUCCACAGAGAUGGAAUUAAUAACGGUAUUGAUUCACCCACAAAUAAACCCAAAGGUAUGAAUACAAGUUUACAUAUUCCUUAUUUUUUAAACACAGUCACUAAUCCAGCUCCUGAGAACAGUGACCUGUUUUCAGAAGGUAUUCAGCCUCAGCAUUUUAUUUUGAGAAGUCACAUAGAUAAUGACGAUGAGCAAGUUUUACCACCAGUAUCGAACAGUGGCAUUAGUAUCCAGCUAUUGAAUGCCACUCAGGAUCACUCUGAAUGUCAUGAACUAGAUGAAUCCAACACCCAGGUUUCUAGUUCUUUAUUUUACCCUGUGAGAACAAAACAUCCUGUUUACAAAGACACUGGAGCAUACAUUCCUGAAUCUGAAGAUUUAGGCAGGAUUAGAAGUUUGCCAUGUGAUCGUUUUGAAGUGGAAACUACACAGAGAAGUAAACAACCCUGGGCUCCAUCUAGAAAUUCUUCAGAACUUCCUGAAGUAAUAAAUAACAUGCCCCUUUUAAAGUCACUGUCUGUGCCUAGCACAACUUUAGGAAGCUUGCCAACACUGAAGAAAAAGCAUACCUUUCAACAAGAAGCUCAGCAUGUUCGAGACCCCGCUGUCAGUCCUGAAGCCAGGAAAUCACCUGCCACAGUACUUUUACACACUCUGCUAGAGCAUCCUCUUGAGCAGUGGGCUUCUCAGCAGCCUGUUGAGUUUCAAGGCCAUCAGGUGAAAGGAUCAGCCACUAGUGGUUUAAUGGUCAGAGGAUACAGCGUACAGCUAGGAUGCAGUCAGUUUCCAGGUAGCAUUGAAUAUGAGGACUUCAGGACACGCACUCCUGUUUGGACACCAGAGUUGCCUAGCACGUGUGUGCACACUGACUUCUUGCAGGUGAUUUCACCAGAACAAAAGAUCUCUGCAUCGAGCCCUGCACCUACUUUUUCUUUCGACACAAGAAAUGAAGACUCUGUGCUUGAGUUCUCUGAGGAGUCUCUGAAAGCAAGGACUUUCCCUGGAUGGAAAAACAGAGGUUUUGUGGAGCGUGAGAACCUUCAAAGGUUUCCAUUUGCAAACAGAGCCUCAGUUCCUUUCAUUGCUUUGCCACCAGAUGAUUCUUGUUCGUUUAUGACUGAUGAUGAUGUGCGAGAGUCUUCUGUCUUGAACCUGUGCGAAGAAUCAGUUCUUUCCCUUGACCUUGGACCUGAGGACCAGGGUGAGACUUCUUCCUGGGAAGGGUCUAGAGAAAAGACUCCAGGAGAUGAUUUACUGCUUCUUAAGAGUUCUACACAAAGCAAGUGGCUGAAAUAUCAAAACACAUUCCAGUGCAAUUCAGCUGCUCUGAACAGAAUUGAUGGUGAAAUGACAGAGGGCGUCUUUGCUGAGGGUGUCUCUGGGAUGCAGUCUAGCCACACAAGUGAGAGGCUGCAUCAUGCUGUGACUGAGAACUCUGUAGACCAUGUACAAUUGCAGAUGAUGAAAGGCAUGCUCUAUCAGCAGCACCAGGACUUUAGCAGUCAAGGCUUGCUUUUCAGAAAGAGUCCUCUUUCUCUGAACUCAAGGCAGAUUUCCAAGACUGAGGAAAUUCAAGCCACAUUAGGAAGCUCUACCAGCUACAACUCCAGAGUCAAAGAUUUACAGGAGAUAAAUAGUUCUGAGCUAUGCUUCCCAAGUGGGCAGAAAAUAAUAUCAGCUUAUUUCCCUCAAAGGCAAGUUCACAUACCAGCUUUUUUCCAGUCUCCCAUUCACUAUAAGCAGAUCUUUACAUCUUCUAUCAUAGAGCAUCUGAAUAUAUUGCUGUUUGGAUUGGCACAAAGAUUGUACAAAGCACUUUCCAAAGUUGACAUAUCCUUUUAUAUGUCAUCGAAAGGAGAGACCCUAAAAAACAAAAAAAAUAAUUCACUAUCCUGCCAUCAUAAUCAACCUGCCAAACUUGUCAUGGUUAAAAAAGAAGGCCCAAAUAAGGGUCGUCUCUUUUAUACAUGUGAUAGGCCCAAAGGAAAUCAAUGUAAAUUUUUCAAGUGGCUUGAGGAAGCAACUUCAGGACGAGUAUCACAGGAUGAGUCUCAACCCAAUAUGGUUUUUAAUGAUGUUAAGAGUAUUGGCUCAUAUUUAAGAAGUCAAAAGGUACCAGUCUAUGAGGAAUGCCAGCUUUUGUUGAGGAAAGGAUUUGAUCUUCAGAGAAAACAGUAUGGCAAACUAAAGAAGUUUGCAACUGUAAAUCCUGAAUUUUACAGUGAAACAAAAAGUAAGAUUUAUCUUAAGCUGAGUAGGAAGGAGAGCUCCUCAACUUAUAGUAAAGGCGAUCUUUGGGUGAUUUCAAAAACCCUAGACUUUGAACUAGACACCUUCAUUGCCUGCAGUGCCUUCUUUGGGCCAUCUUCUGUGAAUGAAGUGGAGCUGUUGCCUUUGAAAGGCUAUUUCCCUUCUAAGUGGCCCACUAAUGUAACAGUUCAUGCAUUAUUGGUUUGUAAUGCCAGCACAGAGCUGACGACUCUGCAAAAUAUUCAAGAUUACUUUAACCCAGCUACUCUUCCAAUAAUGCCAUACCUGUUAGCAAUGUCUCAGCCAGCUACAGUUAGCAAUAAAAAUGUUAAUAAAAGAAAAUUUAUUCCACCAACCAUUACAAAUAGUAAAACAAAAUUUGAACUCCUGAACCGAGGCGCCAUCUUGCAGUUAGCUAGUGAGUUGAUUGACUUACACGGGUUGAACAAGGAUCAAGCUACAGCACUAAUUCAGAUAGCUGAAAUGAUGGCCUCCCAAGAAAAUGGUGAAAAUGCUCUGGAGCCCCACACCCAGUCCCUGCCUAUCACAGUCAUCCAUGGCGUUUUUGGAGCAGGCAAAAGCUAUUUGCUGGCUGUGGUGAUUUUGUUCUUUGUACAGCUGUUUGAAAAGUGUGAUGCUGAAACAGUUGGAAAUGUAAGGCCAUGGAAACUUCUCAUUUCUUCUUCCACUAAUGUAGCUGUUGACAGAGUGCUUCUUGGGCUUCUCAGUCUAGGAUUUGAAAAGUUCAUCAGAGUUGGGAGUGUUAGGAAGAUUGCCAAGCCAAUUUUACCUUACAGCUUGCAUGCUGGCUCAGACAAUGAAAGUGAACAAUUGAAAGAACUCCAUGCAUUGAUGAAGGAAGAACUGACUCCUGUAGAAAGGGUUUAUGUGAGAAAAAGCAUUGAGCAGCAUAAGCUGGGGACCAACAGAGCCCUGCUGAAGCAGGUUCGAGUUGUUGGCAUCACCUGUGCAGCCUGCCCAUUCUCAUGCAUGAAUGACCUUAAAUUCCCUGUGGUUGUGCUGGAUGAAUGCAGCCAGAUGACAGAACCAGCCUCGCUCCUUCCUAUUGCAAGGUUUGAGUCUGAAAAGCUAAUUCUUGUUGGAGACCCCAAACAGCUGCCUCCUACAAUUCAGGGUUCUGAUGCAGCUCAUGAAAAUGGAUUGGAACAAACUCUUUUUGAUCGACUUUGCUUAAUGGGUCACAAACCCAUUCUGUUGCGAACCCAAUACCGCUGUCAUCCUGUGAUCAGUGCCAUAGCUAACGAUCUGUUUUAUGAAGGAAACCUCGUGAAUGGCAUUUCAGAGACAGAGAGGAGCCCUGUACUAGAGUGGCUGCCCACACUAUGUUUCUAUAACGUCACAGGAACAGAGCAGGUUGAAAGAGAGAACAGCUUUCAAAAUGUGGCAGAAGCUGCUUUUAUACUCAAGUUAAUCCAAUCACUGAUCGCAAGUGGAAUAGCGGGCUCCAUGAUUGGGGUGAUAACAUUAUACAAAUCGCAGAUGUAUAAGAUUUGCCAUUUACUCAGUGCUGUGGAUGUCAACUAUUCCGAUGCUAAAUCUGUGCAGGUGUCCACUGUGGAUGCCUUUCAGGGCGCUGAAAAGGAAAUCAUUAUUCUGUCCUGCGUGAGGACAAGACAAGUAGGAUUCAUCGAUUCAGAAAAACGAAUGAAUGUUGCAUUGACCAGAGGAAAGAGGCAUUUGUUGAUUGUGGGAAGUUUAUCCUGUUUGAGGAAAAAUCGACUAUGGGAGCGUGUGAUCCAGCACUGUGAAGGAAGGGAAGAUGGAUUGCAACAAGCAAGCCAGUGUGAACCACAGCUGGACCAUCUUCUUAGAGAUUAUUUAGAAAGACAAGCAGAAGAAAAACAGAAGAAAAAGGAAAAAGAAAAAUCUAAGGAUAACUCUCAUUAACAAAAACAACAACAAAAAACAUGGCCAGGAGUGUUGGUAUUGUAAAUUCAGAAUCUUUUUACACUGUGUGUUUAAUAUUUUUCUUUAUUGUAAAGCCCCUGAUACAAAAGUUACAUUAUUUAAAUAACAUGCCAAAUAAGUACAUGUAAGAAUUUCACUCUUUAAAAAGGUCUGCAUUUUAUAUUAAGAUGGCAGGUGCUUGUAUGACAGACAGAUGUCUUGUUUGUGAAAGGAACAAAUUUUACAAGAGUUGGGAAAACAUUCCUGAGAAUCUCAGUAUCCCUAAAAAAUACACAGUGAUCUCAAAAGUUUUUGUGAGGGAGCACAGCCCCAGUCAAGACCACUGGCAGACUCUUCUGAACUUGAAACACAUGAAUUGUCCCACCAUUUAAAAACUAAAGCCAUUCACAAUAAAAAUCUAAAU